CAGAAAAAAGAAACGUGUUUUCAUUUUAUAGAGGGUAGAUUUUGGGGCUCUGUGUCAGAGAUUAAGUAUUUUUUUACUACACCACUUGGUGGUGCACGAGAUCAUAAGACCUUUAUGUCAAUACAAGGAUUAGCUGCUUAGCAUAAAGCUCACAGGUGAACAUCUAAAAUCAAUCUAGUGACCUGACAUUGUUCACCUGCUCAAUGGCAGCCUCAAGGAAAGUGACGUCCUUCCGCCUGCCUCCGUUGCCCACAGUAAGCGAGCUUAUAAAGCUUUACAACCUGCGAGCUGAGAAACAGCUGUCCCAGAACUUUCUCUUGGAUUUGAGGCUCACAGACAAAAUAGUGCGUCAGGCAGGCAGUUUAAGGGAUGCCCAUGUGUGUGAGGUGGGUCCUGGUCCCGGAGGUCUUACCCGUUCCAUCCUCAAUGCUGGAGUUGCAGAUCUUCUUGUUGUGGAGAAAGAUUCCCGCUUUAUCCCCGGGCUGAAGCUGUUGUCCGAGGCUGCUCCAGACAGGCUGAGGAUUAUCCAUGGUGACAUACUUACUUACAGAAUGGAUCGAGGAUUCCCGGCAAAUAUCUCCAAGCCUUGGGAAGAAGACCCACCAAAACUUCACAUCAUUGGGAAUCUCCCAUUUAACGUCUCAACACCACUCAUCAUCAAGUGGCUGGAAAAUAUAGCCAACAGAACAGGGCCCUUUUCCUACGGACGCACCCGACUCACACUCACUUUCCAGAAAGAAGUAGCAGAGAGGUUAACAGCCAGCACAGGCAGCAAACAGAGGAGUCGUCUUUCCAUCAUGGCUCAGUAUCUCUGCACAGUCCACAACUGCUUUACCAUCCCUGGACGAGCUUUCGUCCCCAAGCCAGAGGUGGAUGUGGGAGUUGUUAACUUCACCCCUCUGGUUCAGCCCCAGAUUCAACAACCUUUCAAGCUGGUGGAGAAAGUCAUCAGGAACAUUUUCCAAUUCCGUAGGAAGCACUGCCAUAAAGGAGUAGAAAAGUUAUUCCCUGAGGCGUGCCGUGCAGAGCUGACGCAGGAAAUGAUGCAGAAGGCAGACGUGGACCCCAUUCUACGCCCCACAGAACUCACCAUACCCCAUAUCAGGGCUUUAACGGAUGCCUAUGCUCAUCUCUGCACCCGUGAGCCCGGUCUCCUCAGCUACGAGUUCAGAGAGGAGCUCAGACUGAAGCAUCUUCCUAAGAAUAAAAACACAGCCGUGGAUGCAUUCUUGGACACACCGAGCAGCAGAGCUCAGGGUGCUCUGCAACCCUGCUGAAAAAGCACAGAAACCCACAAAAGCCCACUAAAAGCUUCUGUUAGCAAAGGGGGAGAACAGACAGACAGACUAGCCUUGACAUUUCCACCUGGCAUAAGCAUGCAUUUUUAAACAUUCUUCUUGCACCCAGAGAGAAAUAGGCAAUUUAGAAUACAUGACAGGUGUAAGCGCACCUUUUUCUGGGAUGUGACAGCUGAUAGCACAGUCAUGUGCUUUGAAAUGAAGGAAGAAAGCAAGAUAGUAAGUAUAUCUUUAUGUCCCACUUCUUUUUGCAGCUCCAUCUAGCACCUUGUCCUGUGGGACCUGAAAGAAAUGUCAGUGUUUUCAGGGUGAUUUAGAGAACGAGAACAUGUCAGCGCCAUAUCCAGGACAUUUUUCCUUCGAGUGUGUAUUGCUUAGUCACUUGGGAGACAGCUUAAAGGGUUGAAGAAAUGGCAGUGAAUUUGUCAGCUUGAAAAAGUCUUGUAAUAUACUAAACCAGGACUCUUAUUAAAGGAUUUUUUUGUGUAAAUAUCUGUCACUUUUUGUAUAAAUACAUGUUUCCCUGCUGUUCAUAAUCAUCUUAAAUACUCAGGUUGCCAGUUAAAGUCUGAGUCUGCGAAUGAGCCAAAAUAAUGAAAUAUUAUCACCUAUUUUAAUUAAAUCUGAAUGAUUAAUGGGUAAACACUUAAUAAAACAGUAUGAACAGUAAAUACUGUGAACCUGUAUUUGAUAUUUAAGGAUUAAUAUCAGUGAAAGCGUUACAAGUUUUAAGUACUUCUCUCUGAAUGGCAAAACAGAUUGUCUCUGGCAGAACAUGGUUGUGCUGCUCCCUGCCAGUGUGGCAGAUGGUGCGCUUUGGUCUACUUGCCAGAGGGAGACUUCACUCAGUUUUGAUGAGAGGCGGGUGAUAAUCGCCAAGAACAAUCGAGAAUCUACAUAACUGAUAUGUUGGAGGGCAGUGUGUUUCACAGCCUGCUCAGUGACCCAAAAGAAAUGCUAUCAGGUGAUGUGAUGUCCUUUUGCUCUAGGAGGAGACAAAACGAUGAAGGAUUUCACUUAUGUGUAAUUAUGUUGUGUAGAUGACUGGCAGGCUAAUUAUGCAUAAGAUUUUCAUGUAUUAGUGAAAAAAAUACUUUGAUUAAUCAAAAUUAAUCAAAUCAGGGUUGCAAAAUUCCAGGAAUUUUCAGUUAGAAACUUUCCAUGGGAAUUGAUGGGAAUAUAUGGGAAUUUUGAAGAAAACUCCAGUUGCUAACUGUAUGUCUGUUCAUGCCGUUGCAUUGGUGUUGAUAAAAGCUUUUUUGUUAUCUUAUUAUACAAAAAAAAUGCCACGUUUGCCAUCCAAUGUGUGGAGGAAUUUCACACAAACUAAUGUUGAGGGAAAGUCUUCGUAUGUGUGUAAAUAUUGUGACAUACGUAAAGAAUGCUACAAAAAUGCAGCAGCAUAUUGUUAAGUGCCAAAAAUUUGCUGAAGGCUCAAAACAUAUAUUUCCAAAAUCCCCCAGCUCAACUUCCUCUGGAAUGUUUCUGGAAAUUUAUCUGCGAUUUAUCGGAAGUUUUCCUCCCCUUUGCAACCCUAAUCAAGACACCCACCUCAACGAGACAUGACGAUUUCUAAAAGUUCAUCCUGCAGAGUUUUGCCUUAUUAUUGGUCCUUUUGGUUUUUAGAGUCAUUUUGUGUUUCAUUUGGUUGUCAGUGUUAAUUGUUACUGGUUAUUUGGGUUUUCUUUGGUAACUAUUUUAUAUUGUUUUAUGUCUCACUUUGGUAAUUUUGCAUCUCUUUGUUGUCAUUGAUGUAUCAUUACAUUCUGUGUUCCUUCCUGUGAUAUGUGUAUAUAUAUUAAUUUUCUAACACAAUAGCCCGUUCACUCCACUGGCUCAGGUUUGGCAGAAGCAAUGGUGCCUGCUGUCAUGGACAUGCUAAAAACUGUCAGUAAAUAGAAAGAGCUUCUCUUUAUAUUUUGCUAAAGACUCCUGCUGUGCACUGACUGCAGCGUUAAAAAAAAACCUGUCAAACCCAACAUUCAGCCUCAGGAUGCUGUGACACCGCAGUAAGACGGUUGCAACGCACAGCAAGCCGCUUCGGCUGCCUCCAACUUUGGCUUCUGACAUAACCGGUAUCUGCAAAGUCAUUUAGAAUUGAGCAUGGUGACACUGCAAAAUGAAAGUUCAACAUACCAACAACAUAACUUUUAAAAGGAGUGAUUUUAUGGACAUGCAUCACAAGAAGUAGUUAUGUUUUAUAAAAUAAGUAAAGUGGAGCCAAUUGAAAUGCAUCACAUUUAUAGAACUGGUCAUCUGGUAAUAUGUGUUGAUUGUAAACUUUAUAUCUAAAAGAACAGACAGAGUUAUUGAUAUGGAAAUAUUCACAUUCAAGCUAGUUAGUUUUAUAUAAUGGAGGACAUGGCACAGUUAAUGCAAAAUGCACCCAAAGAGUAAUGACCCUCAGCCCAACACUCUUCAUCAUUACCAUCAUCAAGUUUGUAGCAGCAACCAGCCGCCAUCAUGACUUAUUUACUCCCAGUGAUUUGUCUCAGACUCUAAAAGAGCACAACAGUCUGUAUACACAUACUGCCCAGCCAAAGAAGGAAAAAAGACACACUAAUAUUUUGUUGGGGCAUCUACAGCUUUCACUCAUUCACUCACUGUGGCAUCGUUUGGUUAACUUCAUGUACUGUCAAAUUAUUCAUGCUUUACUAUCACACAGAGGCUUUUAUUAGCCAGUCCAUGUGCGACAUGAUGUCUCAUGCUCCCUGAACCCCUUUUAAAAUUGUUUAGAAAUGCUUUUGCUGUUGAGUGAUCAUGUUAUGUUACUGAUAUCAUCCAAAGCACAAGUUAUUGAAAUCUGGUCAAUAUUAAAAUUCAUGGAUGUAUUUAACAAGUGGCAUGUGGGUGUUUGUAGAUUUGCAUUGACUGGUAAAUCUACCAGUCAAUGAAAGAAAAUUAUGUACAUAAUAAUUAAUAUAGAGCAUAAUUUGUUAAGUUCAAUGCUGUAUAUUAUAUCAAUAGAACAAUAAACCAAUAUUUGCUUGCAAUCAAUUAAAAUCUAUAAUAUUUGUAUAAGUUUAACUCAUUUUGGAAGAAAAUUGUGUGAUUGUCAAAUUCUGUGAUGUUAUUCAGUGUAAUUGCAGAUGAUGAUGGGUGAUUAUAUUUUAUUAUUUUAGCUUAUAAUUACAGUGAUUUUUUUUUUUCUAAAGCCCUAAUAAAAAGUGAAAAUUUCUUUACAGGAGCAAACUUUA